ACACCAAUUCAGGUCAAGCCAAGUCAAGUUUCAACAGUCGAGGCUGAACAGGAUUUAAUCGAAAAAAGAACAAGCGGAAGAAGAAGAGGAUAUCCGAAACUCCGCCGGCAUUAAAAUCGCCGCAAGGAAACGGCCUUCCCGCCUUUGCUUUCUGGACAAAGCAAUUGGUAUUAAUUAAAGGCCUAUCCCGGCGACAAGAUGUCUUUAAAACAGGAAAUAGAAACGUGGGUAUCGGCCCUGAGCCGGUACGACAACAAUGAGUUCGAGGAGGCGCUCAAGGAAUUCGACGGCAUCUCGGAUACGUCCAAGAUCCUGUUUAACAUGGGUGUUAUACAUGCGACGCUAGGAGAGCACGAGAAAGCUGUCGAGUGCUACCAAAAGGCGAUCCGACUAGAUCAAUACUUAGCCGUGGCCUAUUUCCAGCAAGGAGUGUCGAACUUCUUACUAGGCGACUUCGAAGAGGCUCUAGCGAAUUUCAACGAUACCCUGCUAUAUCUCCGAGGCAAUACGAUGAUCGACUAUGCGCAAUUGGGUCUGCUUUUCAAGCUAUACUCUUGCGAGGUCUUGUUUAACAGAGGUCUCUGCUACAUCUAUCUGCAGCAGAAGGAUGCCGGUUUACAGGAUUUGAAUUAUGCGGUCAAGGAGAAGGUGGUGGAAGAUCACAAUGUCAUCGACGAAGCUAUUCGGGAAGAGGCUGAGGGCUACACUGUAUUCUCGAUCCCCGUGGGCGUUGUAUACCGACCCAACGAGGCCAAAGUUCGGAAUCUAAAGACCAAAGACUACCUAGGAAAGGCACGUCUAGUCGCUGCCUCGGAUCGGGCCAACGCAUUUACGGGCUUCGCUGGAUCGGAGAUCAAGAACGCCGGGCGAGCUGCAGAGAAAGACGAUCGUCCGACGGAGAACCUAUCAUUCGCGGCCACGAACCUCGUCAAGCCUGGGUUGCAGAGCAGGAGACAGCAGUCUGAACCCCCAGCCAGCCGUAACGCAUUCCCUCCCACGCCACCUCCCGAGAACGACAAGCCCGCCGCCAUGAGCCGCGGCGCUUCUGUUCGAAAUGGCCCUAAGCCGAUGCCUGCACGUUUGAAUAUCCCGGAGUCCGGGAAGAGUAGUCGGUAUGAUAAGACUAGCUCACCCCAGAGUGAACGCAAGGGCCCUUCGCGGGCUGCGUCGGAAGUACGAUCGCCGCCUCAACGAAGCUACUCGAGAUCCGAUGCCCCUAGAACCCGGCGCUCGAGGAACGAGGAUGAUGGGUAUCCGGAUGAUGUCUACGAUAUGUAUAACGGAGGUGGGAGCAAUGCGGGAGGAAGCAAAUCGCAGAGGAGUCGGAACCAACCCAGCCGGUACAUCGAAGAAGAGGACGAAGGCAGCGACUACGACUCCUUCGACGAAGGGGAUUUCGAGAUGGUAUCGAACCGACGACCAGGGACCUCGGUGGCGGGCUCGUCACGAGGCGGGUCGAGGAGACCGGAUAUCCGCAAGGUGCGGAUCAAGGUGCACUCCGAGGACGUUCGAUACGUAAUGGUUCCCAUAACGGUGGAAUUCCCCGACCUCGUCGACCGCAUCCGAGAUAAGUUCGGCCUGAGACGGCGCUUCAAGUUGAAGGUCAAGGACGAGGAUUCCCCCGGCUCGAGCGAGAUGAUCACGAUGGGCGACCAGGAUGAUCUCGAGAUGGUGAUGAUGAGUGUGAAGUCGCAGGCGCGGAAACAGAGACUGGAUAUGGGGAAACUGGAGAUAUGGGUGCAAGAAAUCUAGACGUUUUUCUUUCCUUCGUGUGCGGCAAAUCAAAUUACGAUUACAACGAUACCCAAAACAAUUGCGAUCUGACUUCAUACGACGUAAUGAAGAAGUCUUUUUUCUACACGGCUUCGCUCACCUUUUUACAGUAAUAAUAUACAAUUACUAUAAACUAACCUACUUACUCCCCAUCUAUAUCUAUAUAUACAUUUAUUAGUUUUUACCAACCUAACCUACUAUUUUAUUUUAUUGUCUUCUUUUUCUGCAUAACCUACAUUCAUCCAUCUAUCCAUUCAUCCAUCCAUCCAACCUCUUAAAUACAAUUAUUACACAAAUCCCCGAUUCUCGCCCGACGAGUGGGAAGAU